AUGACGCCCAGUUCACCCUCAAAUGCUCAUGGGAAAGCAUUCAUUUCCAUGGCUGAUAGUCCAAGAGCAGAUGCAUUGGAACCUUUGUCUAACGCUACAUUGGCAAACUCUGUGCAUUCCACUCCCAUGGAAACCACUGUCACUCAACCACCAUCAGCUGUUCCUUCUUCUACUUUAUCACUUACAUCCACUGUAACAACAAGCAACAGUAGCAAAGCUCCUUCCAAUAAGCCUCCUCGUCAGCCAAAAAUAUGUGUUGCUUGUCAUAAGAAAAUCGAGGGUGGUCAGUUUGUCCGUGCAGUAGGCUGUCACUACCAUUUAGAGUGUUUCCGUUGCCAGGAGUGCAAUAAUAUUGUGGCAGACAAGUUUUUCCCUGUAACUACUGACGGCACAACAAAAAUAUACUGCGAAACAGACUACUUUCGACGAUUGGAUCUGAUUUGUGCAAAAUGUGGUCUUGCUCUACGUGGGCCAUAUAUCAAUGCAUUGAAUCGAAAAUAUCAUAUGGAGCACUUUACCUGCUCUGUUUGUCCUACAGCUUUUCGACAACAUGAUUCCUAUUAUGAAAGAGACGACCAGGUGUUUUGUGGAUAUCACUAUUCCAUUUUCCAUGCAGCAAAAUGUGGUGGAUGUAAUACGGCCGUUCUUAAAAACUUUGUUGAAAUCAACAAGGAUCAAGUUUCAAAACAGUGGCAUCCUCCUUGCUACAUGAUUUACAAGCUUUGGAGUGCUCAACUGAGUUUGCCGGAUCAAAAUUCAGAUGAACAAGUUUUGCUUGAUCCUGAAGUUGAAGUACAGAAGCAACAGGUGAUGGUGAAUUGGGCGGAACGAAUUCUUCAAGUCCUAUCUGCUUUCGAAGAGUCUACGGCUGCAUGCAUUUCCGAAAUGCUUUUGCAUUUUUCCAACGAAAAUAAUUUGCAGUGUGUACUUCAAGCUGCUCGUUUUAUACAACAUAUCGAUAUCCUAUUUUCUACAAUCGAGAGCAUCAAUCAACGACUUUCCACUUUUAAUGAUAGCUCUACGCUACAACAGACAAAGGAGCCAAAGCAGCUCGUUAAAAAGAUUUUUUAUUUUUUCACAAAUCUCUCUGGACGAGAUACGUCUGUUCGGCAGCGAGCAACCUUGGGACUUAUUCAGCAAGUCACGAGUCUUGCACACACUUUAAAAAAGGUUAUUCGAACAGCGUUUGCUGGUUCAUUACGUCUGGAGCAACUACACAAAGAAAAGGGAUCUGUAAACCAAUUUCUUACUGAUCUUUCUAGUAUACAUCUAAAACAAGGUGAACCGCCUACCCGAUUUUAUCCUAGCAGCACAGAUGCGCCUUGUAUUAUAUGCCGGCAGCCAUUUGAUGACGAAAGCAUUAGAUUGGAGCAUACUCAGUGGCAUACACAUUGCUUUAGCUGUACAGUCUGUGGUAUCAAUCUUGGUGAUAAUGUUACAUUGGCAUAUUGCGAACAGAGCUGCACAAAAGUAUUUUGUCAAGAGCAUGCGCCAUCAGACUCUAUUACAGGCGCAGAACGUCUUUCUAGAUUUCAACGAUUUAUAAACCUGUUGUGGUGCACUUGGAGUCGACUUUGUCUAUGGCUUAAAAUCGAAGAAAAACAUCUUUUUACUGCAUCUUCUCCCGAGGUUGACGGCUAUCGAGACCAAAAUAGUAGUGAUGAGGAUAACCGUGUUGCUGAUGGGGAAGAAGAGUUUUUUGACGAGGAUGGAGAGUACACUCCUUCGUUGAAAGGUGCUUCAACUACAUACAGCAAAGUUCAAUUUAAUUGGCGGUCAUCCAGUGAAUCAGACGUAUUUUUAUCUGAACUUUCCGGGCUUCAACAUUUGGCAGUUCGUCAAUUGGCUUCACUUGCACUGCAUCCUCUUUUGGAACAGUAUUUUAAUUUGAACCAGCUACUAGAAGUUGUAGAUGCACCAAAAACUUCUGUAUGGUCUAGAAUGGUUGGCGCCAUGAAGGCUCCAAAACGUCGGCAUCGAGGAACAUUUAACGUUCCUUUAGAGGAUCUUGUUGAGCAAACAGGUGUAGAGUCUGACCUUGGAAUCGGACCUGGGAGUGUGAGAAUACCAAUGAUUAUGGAUCACUGUGUUCGUACCUUGCUACAAAAAGAUUUAUCCACAGAAGGCAUUUUUCGAAAGAAUGGAAAUAUUCGACGCUUGAAGGAGGUUUGCCAUCGUAUCAACAGAGAUCCUAAAGAUAUUGAUCUGUCUGACGAUCAUCCUAUACAAAUUGCAGCACUGAUGAAGAAAUUCCUACGUGACAUGCCAGAUCCAUUGUUGACAUUUAAACUCAAGGAUUUGUUUACUGCAUCACAGAAAUUGGAAAGAGAGGCGGAUCGAUUGUUGACUGUACAACUAAUUUGUUGCUUACUUCCCAAGCCAAACCUGGAGUUAUUGGCAGUGCUGUCAAGGUUUUUUCACGAGGUUGCCCGUUAUAGUGGAAACCAACCGGUGAAGGUGCUGGAGCAUCCACGGGCGGUAACAAGAUGCACAUUGAAAAUAUUGCUACGGUGAUUGCACCUAAUAUUUUGUAUUCAAAAACGGGAGUCAAUCCAGAAGAGUCUGUUUUAGCCAUUCAGGCUGUUUGGAUGAUACUUGAAAAUGUACCCGAUGUAUUCAAGGUUCCUGCUAUUAUCUUAGGAGGGUUCAACGAAGACGGACCAGAUUUUAAUCCAGCAUCAAAGUAUGAGCUCCAAAAAAAGUAUGAUGAUUUGUCCACCAAAGUUCGUAAUCUCCAAGUUAGCCAAAACACAGGACAUGAAGGCGGAGAAGCCAUGGUUGUGGAUAUUGAAAAGGAUAUUUUAUCAUAAAGUGAUUUUUAGUUUAUC